CUGGGAGAUGCUAACAAGGGAGGUCCCCUUUAAAGGUUUGGAAGGAUUACAAGUAGCUUGGCUUGUAGUGGAAAAAAACGAGAGAUUAACCAUUCCAAGCAGCUGCCCCAGAAGUUUUGCUGAACUCUUACAUGAAUGCUGGGAAGCUGAUGCCAAGAAACGACCGUCUUUCAAGCAAAUCAUUUCAAUUCUGGAGUCCAUGUCAAAUGACACUAACCUUCCUGACCAGUGUAACUCAUUCCUGCAUAACAAGGCAGAGUGGAGGUAGGCGGGCCUCCCCUGGGGUCCUGUGUCCUGACUUUGUGGGACCCAUGGCUAGUUGCAGUACAGACAAGAACCAAAGAGCUUAAUGAUAGUCCUGAUU